GACAAAAGCUCUUGUUUAUUGCGCCACAACCAUGGAGUGAUUGAUUCUUUUGUUGCUUGACAAUUUCUUUGUCAAGGUUUUAAGCUCUUGUGUCAAGCCUAUAAAAGGGUUGUCUGGGUUGUAAUAUUCAUUCCAACCCAGAUAAAUACAAAGCAUUACAGAGAGAGAGAAAAGAAUAAGACCAUGGCAUUUUUCAUGGAUUUGGAUAUGAUUUCUCUCUGUAUUCUUGGGGGAAUCUUUAUGUGUUUGUUGGGUUUUGUUGGGUUUUACAAAAGUAGUUUGAAAAUAAAGAGAGAGAGCAAUAGAGGUUCAAUGGAAACACGAAGAAGCGAAUCUGUCAAGAAUUCUGAAAAUUGUGAAUGCCGGCCGGAGACCGGAGGCGACCCAGAGAUCAUCAUCGUCGGCGCCGGCGUUGCAGGCUCUGCUCUCGCUUGCACUCUUGCCAAGGAUGGGCGCCGAGUCCUUGUCAUUGAAAGAGACUUAAGUGAGCAAGAUAGAAUAGUUGGUGAAUUGCUUCAACCAGGAGGCUAUCUUAAACUAAUUGAGUUGGGUCUUGAGGAUUGUGUUGAUGGGAUUGAUGCUCAACGAGUGUUUGGAUACGCUUUAUUCAAAGAUGGAAAAAGUACUAGACUGUCUUACCCCUUGAAAGGACUCUCCUUGGACAUAUCUGGUAGAAGCUUUCACAAUGGACGCUUCAUACAACGGAUGCGGGAGAAGGCUGCAACAUUUCCCAAUGUGAGAUUGGAACAAGGAACAGUGACAUCUCUAAUUGAAGAAGAGGGUACUGUAAAAGGAGUGAAAUACAAGACAACAAAUGGUCAGGAUUUGAGAGCAUUUGCUCCUCUCACAAUUGUAUGUGACGGUUGCUUCUCAAAUUUGCGACGCUCUCUAUGCAAGCCCAAGGUAGACAUUCCCUCUUGUUUUGUUGCGCUGAUCCUAAAGAAUUGCGACCUUCCCUACCCAAAUCAUGGACAUGUUAUUUUAGCAAAUCCUUCACCAAUCUUGCUAUAUAAAAUCAGCAGUACUGAGGUUCGCUGUUUAGUAGACAUACCUGGUCAGAAGUUGCCUUCCAUUUCGAGUGGUGAAAUGUCCUCUUAUUUGAAGACCAUGGUUGCACCUCAGAUGCCUCGCGAGCUGUAUAAUACCUUCAUGUCAGCAAUUGAUGAAGGAAACAUAAGAUCAAUGCCAAACAGAAGCAUGCCAGCUGCUCCUCAUCCCACUCCAGGUGCACUUUUACUGGGGGACGCCUUCAACAUGAGGCAUCCUUUAACCGGAGGAGGAAUGACAGUUGCUUUAUCUGAUAUUGUUGUGCUUCGGGAUCUUCUUAGAAAUCUAAGAAACUUGAACGAUGCAUAUGCUUUGUGCAAGUAUCUUGAAUCUUUUUACACGUUGCGUAAGCCGGUGUCAUCCACAAUAAAUACAUUGGCGGGAGCCCUAUACAAGGUGUUCAGUGCUUCACCAGAUCGAGCAAGGAUAGAAUUGCGCCAAGCAUGUUUUGAGUAUCUUAGUCUUGGAGGCAUGUUUUCAAAUGGACCCAUUGCUCUGCUUUCUGGUUUGAAUCCGCGACCACUUAGCUUGGUGCUCCAUUUUUUCGCUGUGGCUAUCUAUGGGGUUGGCAGCCUUUUACUUCCGUUUCCCUCACCUAAUCGUGCAUGGAUUGGUGCAAGAUUGAUUUCUGAUGCAUCAAGUAUCAUUUUUCCCAUUAUAAAGGCUGAAGGAGUCCGACAGAUGUUCUUCCCUGCAACCGUUCCAGCAUACUACAGAGCUCCUCCGGCGAAUUGAGUCCAUGAACACGAAAUUCGUCCUUUUUGUUUUCUUUUUUUUGUUUGGAAACUUUGUUCUAUGUGGACUAUACAUUAGAGAGAAACUAUAAUGGAUUGAUUGUACACCUUCCCAUGUUAAAAAAGUAGGGUUGGGUACCAGCUUUAGCUCGGAAAGACAUUGUGGAGCAUUGGCUUUAUUUUUAGAUUGCUAGGGUUUGUUCUUGGUGGCUGACAUAAUCUCCAUUAUGUACACUAUUCAUUUUUUCAAUUUGUAAAAGAAUUUUUUUCACUUCAUG